AUGAGAAAUAGAGAAUGAGAGACGCAAAACAAUAGAGAAAAUAGGAAUAUUAGGAUGAACCUCUGUUCUCUCACUUCUCCAAACCCCUGCAACACCACCAUUUCCACCACCAUCAAAAAUGGCGGAUCACCAAAAAGCUUCACCAACAACCAUCCUCAAAAUCCACUCAAUUGGCCCAAAAAUCCUUCAUUUGGAGCCGCCAUAACUGGUGCUGCACUCUCCUUCACUCUCUUACUAUCUCCUCCUCUUUCAAUUGCUGCUGAUUCUCCUCUUCUCGAUCAAACUUCGUCGUUGUCGGAUGAUGCGUAUUGUCGCGAAGAUGAGAGAGAAUUUGGAGCUGAAAUGGAGUUUUCGGCGCCGAAAUUGAAGACGAAUGAGGGUAUUGUGGAGGAAGCUUGGGAGAUUGUUAAUGAAAGUUUUCUUGAUACUGGUCGUAGUCGUUGGUCUCCGGAGUCUUGGCUUCGCAAGAAGGAAGACAUAUUGCGCACUUCUAUUAAGACUAGAUCAAAGGCUCAUAAUGUUGUUCAAAAAAUGCUGGCAAGCUUGGGAGAUCCUUACACACGUUUUUUGUCACCAGAAGAGUUCUCGAAGAUGGCAAGAUAUGACAUGACUGGCAUUGGGCUAAAUCUCAGGGAGAUUCCUGCUAGCAAUGGAAGUGUCAAAUUGAAGGUUCUUGGACUCGUAUUGGAUGGGCCUGCUCAAACUGCUGGAAUUAGACAGGGUGAUGAAAUCUUAUCUGUUGACGGGGAGGAUGUGAGAGGCAAAUCAGCUUUUGAAGUAUCAUCAAAGUUGCAAGGUCCCAGUGAAACUUUUGUAACAGUUGAGGUCAAGCAUGGAAAUUGCGGUCCAGUUCAGUCCGUCAAAGUUCAGAGGCAGAUGGUUGCUAGACCUCCAGUGUUCUACCGAUUGGAGAAAAUUGACAAUGGUGCAACCUCUGUUGGAUAUGUGCGACUAAAGGAGUUUAAUGCGCUGGCCAGAAAAGAUAUAGUGACAGCAAUGAAGCGCCUCCAAGACCUAGGUGCUUCAUGUUUUGUUCUGGAUCUAAGAGACAAUUUUGGUGGCCUAGUACAGGCUGGGAUAGAAAUUGCAAAGCUGUUUCUGAAUGAGGGGGAUACGGUGAUUUAUACUGCUGGAAGGGAUCUGUCUCAGAAUGCUUUUGUGGCAGAGUCUCCACCAUUGGUCACAGCACCUGUCAUGGUUUUGGUGAACCAUAACACUGCAAGUGCCAGUGAAAUAGUGGCAUCUGCUCUUCAUGAUAAUUGCAAAGCUGUUCUGGUGGGAGAAAAAACCUAUGGCAAGGGUCUCAUUCAAUCAGUUUUUGAGCUUCAUGAUGGAUCUGGCGUGGUUGUCACAAUAGGGAAGUAUGUAACACCUCGCCACUUGGAUAUCAAUGGGAAUGGAAUUGAGCCGGACUUCUCUGACAUCCCACGAUGGAGUGAUGUGACAAAAUCUCUUUCUACUUGCAAUCGAUUGAUAGAGGGAUGAUUGAAGCAAACCAAUCUUGUUUGUUGUAAGCAUCUCUAUCUACGAAGUAUUUGCAAUUGUAAUCCUCUAUAAAAAUUGUCUUGCCAAUCUGCUGAUGUAAUUGGCCAUUGUUUUGUACUCGGGGACUUGUCAUGUAGCCAUGAAGUUCUAUUGAUUUUACUGCUUCCUGAUUUGAUUUUCUUACGACAAAUUCUGGUGCUGGAUAUGAUUCGCCGAUACAAUUUUUUUUCUUAAUCUUAUGGAGGUAACAUAAGUAACAUGAGUUAGGAUCCCCUCAUUUUGAGUUCAGCUUAAGCUUGGCAUAGUCGAUUGAAAGUGCUCCUCUUGUAUUUUUUAUUUUUACUUGUAAUUAAUGUAUGUGUAUUCACCAAAACAAUCUUGUACCGCGAAUUGCUACUCAAAUGAACCUUUUAUAUAGAAUGAUUUUGAUGGCAGGUAGUUUGAUUGCAA